CUCUCUUUCUUUUCCUGUCUCUCUUUCUCUCUCUCUCUCUCUCUCUCUCUCUCUCUCUCUCUCUCUCUCUCUCACAUAAGAGCAAGACAUUCCAACACUGUGUAAACUUUCGACACGGUCUCUUCAAGUGUAUUCUCAUCUCCUAGCUUGAUUCUGUGAGAUUUAUUCAGAGAGAAUGGAUGAUUCAACGUUGCCACGAGAUAACAGGAAGACGAAAGGAUCUUCGUAAAUUGAAAAGUAUAAGAGACGGAAGAAACGAAGAAACAAGGAAAUAGACAAAGGAAAAAGAAGAAAAAAAAGAGAAAGAGAGAGAGAGAGAAAGAGAGAGAGAAAAAGAAGAAGAUUUUAAUUAAAAGAAGAAGAAAAAUCGCAAGGACGAGAGAUAAAAUAACAUUUCCUUAUCCCUUUGAAAGUUUCUCACAAGUAUAGAAAUAAAAUGAAUUAGAAGGGAAGGAAAUGAAUCGAUCGAUCGGAUCUCUUUCGAAGCGAUGUCAGAGAUCGAAAGUUGUAACGUUGACGAUCAUCGGACGUCUAUGACGAUAACAAAGGGAAAGAAAAAUUCUCGAUAGAUCGAUAUAAACGCACACACGUACACACGUGUGCAAGAAGUGUUCAUCGUUGACCCUACACCCCCUUUCUUCCUCCUUUUACGUGAUCGAUAAAUCCGACGAAUUCGUGAUCGAAUUAUUUUGAAUGUUGAUCGUCGUUCUAACGACUAAUGUGUACAAGUUUAAGACUCGCCGAAAUGUCGCGUAUUUCUAAUCGUGCCGUUAGCACGAUAGCCGCGUCUAUCGGUAUCCUAUUAUUAGUGAUAUUCUUGGUGAUUUUAUGGACUGGUUCAUGGAACACACGUGUUAUCGAGAAAACCAACAAGGAAGUAAUUGGGUACGGGAUGAGUAGUAAUUCGAGCGAACGGUCGAUUAGUGUUUUCCAUUUGAUCGAAGAAGAUACGAAAGCAUUGAAUACAACGAUAAACGAGAAGACAACAACUACCACCACCACCACCACGACCAUAACCACCACCUUCAUCAAUGAACAGUCGACCAAAGACAGAAUGGAAGGAAGAAAAUAUAACGACAGUAUGCCAGACGUUUUACCUACGACUAAAGGUGACUUGGAAUAUAUCGUACCAAUGAAAAUCAGUCAAAAUCAAUACGAAGAUCCGCCCGAUCCUUUUACAACGGCAAAGAGACAUCACAGUGGACAUUUUCGACAUGCAACAGCAAAAGUAUGGGAUCCACAUCCACAAUACGAAUUCACAGCUUUCGGAAAGUUCUUUCGUUUGAGGUUAUCUCACGACACGAGCUUUAUAUCACCGGAUAUGAAGGUAACACAUAUAAGUGCAAACACAAGUAGAAAAGUGCAUCCUGGUCAUCAGUUGGAUUGUUUCUACAGUGGAUACAUUGAAGGUGAUCCAUAUUCAAUAGUUGCUGUUAAUCUCUGUCAUGGAAUGACGGGCCAUAUGAGAACUUCGAGCGGAAGUUACUUCAUUAAACCGGCCGAGCAUUGGCGCGAGAACGAGAAGGACUCAAUGAUGGUAUCCUCUUUGCAGCAUGCUAUCUACCGGGUCCGUCCUCCCGCUGAAUCAAAUUCGUCCAACGAAAUUGACGAGGAUAUUUCUGACGGUGUUCGCAACUGUGCUGUCAUUGAUUACGGUACAGAUGAGACACCGGUGUUAUUGACGGACGACAGUUCCGGGGAAAAGAUUUACGUUGAUGAUCGUAAGCGAGAACGUAGAUCGUUAACGGUGAAAACGUCGAUGGAUCAUUUUGAAGAGGAUUACGAUGGUAAUAGGAAGAUGAAAAGAGAGGAAGAUUACGCGGAAGAGGAAUACAAGCAGUUCGUUGGUCAUAGAGAGCAUCGUAAUUCUCUUCGAGACGGACGGUAUUACUCCGUCGAGCGCAGACGAAAUUAUCCAAAGGAUACGUACCUACAGGACUCAGAAAUGGAAUUGGAUCCUUUCGUUGCAGGAAGACCGCAACGUGCAUUACCACGAGAAUAUUUCAUUGAGAUUCUGGUAGUGGCAGAUAAGAAAAUGACCGAGUAUCAUGCCGACAAUCUGGAUAGUUAUAUUUUGGUAUUGAUGAGUACGGUAUCCCGAAUUUACAAGGAUCGAUCUAUUGGAAAUCCUGUUAGCAUAUUCGUUACAAAGAUCACACACGCUGACAUAGUAUUUGGUAAAGGUUACGAUGAAAAUUACGAGAUAACUGCUAUAGAUAUGUUGAAUCAAUUUUGUCGUUGGCAAAAAAUCAACAAUCCUGAUAAACCAUCACCGGAACAUCACGACGUGGCCCUGCUUCUUACCAGACAGAACCUAUGCCUUAAUCCUGGUGGAAAACGUUGCGAUACACUUGGACUUGCCGAGUUAGGCAAAAUGUGUUCUCCAGAUGCGUCCUGUGCAAUAGUACAGGACAAUGGUUUGGCCGCAGCGUUUACUAUUGCACACGAGAUUGGCCAUGUUUUGAACAUGCCGCACGACAACGAUUCGAAAUGCGAUGAAUUUCGAAAUCAUUCGAGGAUACAUAACGUCAUGUUUAGGAUGUUGGACGACGAGACCUUCCCUUGGGAAUGGUCUAAAUGUUCUCGCCAUUAUGUUACAGAAUUUCUCGAAACGGAUCGUGCCAAUUGCCUUUUGGAUGAGCCCAGCAAGAGCAUACAAAAGCCGGAUGCCGCACGACUCCCGGGAAUCGAUUAUUCUCAGAACAAACAAUGCGAACUGGUCUUCGGUCCAGGAUCGAAGAUUUGCCAUGACAUGGUGAGUAAUGUGUGCAGGACACUAUGGUGUACCGCUCCAAGGUGGGGAGGUAAGUGCCGUACAGAAUAUACACCAUGGGCCGAUGGUACGAGCUGUGGUGAAGGGAAAUGGUGUCAACGUGGCGAAUGCGUAUCCAAAAAGGAUUUAAAUCCAGUUAACGGAGAGUGGAGUGAUUGGGGCCCUUAUGGGAAAUGUUCACGCACCUGCGGUGGUGGCAUUAGGAAGAGAUAUCGCGAAUGCGAUAAUCCACCACCACAAAAUGGUGGAAAUUAUUGCAUCGGUGAGCAAGUCAAUUACGAGAGCUGCGGUACCGAGGAAUGUCCACCUGAUAGUCGAGAUUUUAGGGAACAACAGUGUCAAGAAUACAAUAACAAUAAUCUCAACAUACAGGGUCUAGCGAGGGACGUAAAAUGGCAUGCGAAAUAUACUCGAAUACAACCGGAAGAUCGUUGCAAGUUGUAUUGCCAAGUAGAGACCAAUCAGUAUUACAUGCUUCGCGACAAAGUGAUCGACGGUACGCCCUGCGGACCCGACACCUUUCAUCUCUGCGUAAACGGUCGUUGUAAACCCGCAGGAUGCGAUAACGUUUUAAAUUCGACAGCAGAACUCGACACCUGUGGGGUAUGCCGUGGUGACAAUUCAACCUGCCAAAGAAUAAAUGGUUCUUACAAUGUAACCGCAUACGGUUAUAACAGAGUUACUAAGAUACCAGCUGGUAGUAGCAAUAUCGAUAUAAGACAACACGGAUGGUUCGAAUUUCAUUAUGACAAUAAUUAUCUCGCUUUACGCCUUGGAGAAAAUGGGAAGUAUAUAUUAAAUGGAAAUUUCGUGAUAAUGCAUCAAAAAGUUGUUGUAUUUCCUGGAGUUACGAUAGAAUACAGUGGACCAAAGUCGAUCGUCGAGAGAUUGAAUAGUUCACGACCGAUUAGUACAGAUUUGAUUUUAGAAGUAUUAUCAGUAGGAAUGUUGCAUCCACCUCAGAUAACUUACGAGUAUACUGUACCGAAAAAAAUAUUGAACAGUUAUAAAUGGGUAUUGCGCGAUUGGUCCCAAUGUAAUCGUAUGUGUCAAGGUACAAAAUAUCGUAAAGCCGAAUGUAGAAGUACGAAGCACGAGGAUGUCGUCACUGACGAUUAUUGUCCUAUAGAGGAUAAGCCAAGGGAAGAAAGUCAAAUGUGUAAUGGACAUUGUAUGUUACAAUGGCAAAUCACGUCUGAAUCGGAAUGUUCGAGUCAUUGUGGUCCAGGAACUCGUACAAUUACGUCACGAUGCGUACAAAUACUUUUGUAUUCGAAUCGUUCAUUACGUUCAUUACCUGUACACCUGUGUUCUCAUUUGGAAAGACCUAACGAAUUGGAACCAUGCGAAGGACCUUGUAAUGAUGUUCAUUGGAAAUACAGUGAAUGGGGAACGUGCAGCGUCACAUGUGGAGGUGGUAUUCAAUAUAGAAUGGCAACCUGCGUUGAUUCGAACGAUAGACAAGUAUCGGACGAUACUUGUGCAGGUCAAAAGGCACGAUUAAAAAAUAUCUGCGGACAAGAGGCUUGUCCAAAAUGGGCAUUCGGUGAAUGGAGCAAAUGCUCGGUGACCUGUGGCAUUGGAGAACGUCAUAGGGCUUACUGGUGUCACGUUGAAAAUCGUAUCGUACCUCAUAGCAAUUGCAACGGGACUUUCCAAUUGUCGGUUAAGGAAAUAUGCGACGCUGGUCCUUGUUACUCUUGGCAAACUACCAAUUGGAGUCCGUGUUCGGUAACCUGUGGAGAAGGAAUACAAACGAGAAAUGUUGUUUGUAAAGGUACAGAUGGUUCGACCAAUGAUAAAUGUUUGUCAUCGAAUAAACCAGAAGAUCAAACUUCCUGUGUAUUAAAACCUUGUCUUACAGGGACAAAUCCAAUUAUAUAUUCUAAUCCACCGCAUGAAGAAUCCUAUCCUCAGGACAAUGAGAUUGAUAGCAAUGGUAUUACUUUUCGUUCAGUUUAUCAAUGGAUUACUGGACCCUAUGGAAAGUGUUCGAAACCAUGCAAUGGUGGGAUCAUGACAAGGCUAGUAAAAUGUGUAUCGACUGAGACAAAUGCAUAUGUUCAUGAAAAUUAUUGCAAUUCUAAUGAACAACCAAUCAACAUGAUGACCUGUAAUAGUCAUCCAUGUGCUAUCUGGAACAAUGGGGAUUGGAGCGAGUGCAGCGUUACAUGUGGCAAUGGAAUUCAACGUCGACAAGUACGAUGUCAAAGUACAUGGGGUGAAGUUUUACCGGACAAGGAAUGUUCGAGUAAUGAGAAGCCUAAAGUCUCCAAGGAUUGUCGUAAAUCUUGUCUUACGAAUAACAAUCAGAAGAAUCAGAAUAAUUAUCAUUUCGAAGCUAACAUCGUUCGUAAAUGGAAGAUAUCCAAUUGGACUACCUGUACAAAAUCAUGCGGCGGUGGAAUAAAAAGACGAAGAGUGGAAUGCAUGAUGAGCAGAGGAAAGGACGGACCAGAAGUACCAGUGAACGACGAGCAAUGCACUAAACUAGCUGGCCUAGAAAAGCCAAGAUCUCAGAGACAGUGUCAACGUAUUCCAUGCGAUUAUUCUUGGCAAGAGGGCACCUGGUCGGAGUGUUCAGCAGAAUGUGGCAAUGGCGUGCAACGACGUAACGUAACGUGUCAUCGAGUUAAUCAUUAUGGUUGGACAGAUCCAACAACGACCGAAGGUUGUCCGAUGAAUAAGAAACCUGAAACCGAACGAAUGUGUAAAUUACGUGAAUGUAAUGAUAAAUUUUAUUGGAAAAUUAGCAGUUGGAAGAAAUGCGAUCAAUCAUGCGGACGUAAGGGUAGACAAGAACGUAAAGUAUUCUGUGUUAACAAAGCCGGUAGAACUGUAUCGAAAUCAAAAUGUCCCGAGGAUUUUAGACCAAAAAAGAGACGCAGGUGUAAUCAACGAAAAUGUAGCCCAUUAACUUGUCUCGAGGCAAGGAAACGUUUCUCAACUACCAAGGACGGAGAGUAUCCUCUUAAUAUAGGUGGAAAAACAAUGUCGAUUUAUUGUCACGAAAUGUCGACUUUCAAGCCACGAGAAUAUUUAACAUUAACGGCUGGGGAUCAAGAAAAUUAUGCUGAAAUAUAUGAUAAGAGGCUAAAGGAUCCAGAAACGUGUCCUUUCAAUGGAGAAAGAAACGACAGCUGUAAAUGUUUCGCCAAUGAUGGAACAAUAUCGGGUAUAACAAUGUUCAAAAGAGUACGUUUGGAUCCUAUCAAAUUAUAUAUUAUAGCUGACGAUUAUACGUUCUCUCAAACGAAAGGAUUGCAUCGUGUAGAAUUUGGUAAAGCCGGAGAUUGCUAUAGUACUCAAAAUUGUCCGCAAGGUCGUUUCAGCAUUAACUUAAGUGGCACACACUUGAGUUUGUCUAAAGAAGUUACAUGGACUAUGUCAACGUCUAGAACGUUUUACUCGAUCAAUAGAAUAAAUGAUCAACAAGUUGUUGGUAAAUGCGGUGGUUAUUGUGGAUUUUGUGUACCGAAGAUGGGCUUGAAAUUAGACGUUUUACCUCCUUAGCUAGUAAAACACUUGGUUUGAUUACUUGAUACAGUUUCAAGGAAAAACUGGAGAGAUUUCAAAAAGUCUUCCAAAAUGGAGAAGUGCCUCUGAAAAAGAAUAAUUGGGCAUAUCAUUUGACCAAGAGUUGCCUGAGAAUGAUUAUUUCUUCUUAUCGCCCUAUUUUUUUUUUUUUUUUUUUAAUAUAAUUUUUCUUUUUUUUUUGACCUUUUUCAUUGGCUAACACGCAUUUUGAUGAAAAUCCAGCAACAAAAGGGUGAAAGAAGAAUAAUUGAGAAGACUUACGUCACAAAAGAAAAUAAAACAAAUCUAAUAUAUAUAUAUAUAUAUAUAUAUAUAUAUAUAUAUAUAUAUAUAUAUAUAUAUAUGUAUGUAUGUAUAUAUAUAAAAGUAUAGGAGCGCUUUUUUCGAAGCAUCGUCAUUUUUAGUUAUCUAUCGUUUUGCCAAAGAACUGGAGAAAAAGAAAAGAAAAAAAAAAAUGGAUAACGACGUAAACAACAAGUACACAUAUGCGUCAUCAUCAUGACUAGGGAAUCAUUAAAAUCAUUUUCAUCGGUAUAUAUAAAUAGAUUGAGGGACUUAAUAACAAUCAAUCGUCACUGCCUCAAAUUUUAAAUCGUUCCUUUUGAAAAACGAAUUGUCCGUAUGCUCUCUCUCUCUCUCUCUCUUUCUCUCUCUCUCUCUCUCUCUCUCUCUCUCUCUCUGUCUCUCUCUCUUUCUCGUAUGCAAAGAAAAGGAAGAAGAAAAAAUAAAUAAACAAACA